AUGUAUGCUAUUAAUAGGUGCGUAAAGUAUAUUGAUGAACAUAAUGUGAAGAAAUCGGUAAUAAUCAGCGAUAGCAGGUCUGCUCUUGAGGGCAUGUUGUCGUUGGGAAAGGACCCGUCAUUAUUAACGAUAGAUACUCUAAAUGACAUACAUGCGAUAUUAUCAAAAAAUUGGGAGUUACGCAUUGUAUGGGUAAGAAGUCAUAUUGGGAUAGCUGGCAACGAAGCGGCGGAUAACGGCGCCAAAGAUGCAAUAAAUACAGGGACUGUUGCUGCGGAUGGAAUAUCUUAUAGAGACAUAAAAAGAUUUAACAGAGCAAACAUACGGAACAUUUGGCAAUUGGAUUUUCAGUUAUCUAUUAGAAUUAAAGGUAAAUUUUAUGGUAUGAUACAAGGAAAAAUUCCAGUCAAACCAUGUGGAGUUUCAGACUUACCACCAGAUGCACCAAUAGUACCAUUCGAUCAGACUUUAUUGCGUGUGUUGUUAAAGACAAUGCUAAAUGGACUACCACAGGUUAAAACUGCAUCGGCAUUGCGUUGGUAUUGUCUCUUAUUGAUUAGAUUUGCAGGUGCGGAGAAUCGUGGUCCGCUCGCAGUUGUUGAACGCUGCUUAAGACUUUUACGCAAAGCAGCGAUUGAGCGAAGUAAACGCAGAUGUCCGUAUACUGAUUUGCUAAGAGCGCGAUUUGGAUUAAAUGGAAUGCCUUUUGAUUCUGAUGUUUUUGAUGGAGAGUUGCCCCAACAAAUUCAACAGCGAGGCCUCGACUCUAUGCUUGGAAAUAGAAAGCCAAAAGCGGUAUCAGAUUUAGCAGACAUGGCAGCUAAACCUAUUCCCUGUACAAAAGGAUUACGUGGUUUAGGAGAAGUGCAACCUUUGCACUUUAUUUGUAACUCUGCUUCUGAAGGUACAAAAUUAGAAAGACUGCAAAAUAGUGGUACCAAUACAUGUUUCAAUUUCGAUGGUACACAUAAUAUAUUAUUCAAACAGUUUGAUCCAAAGGAUGUCAAAGAGGACCAAAUAUUAGAAUCCUCGGCAUUAUCUAUGAACUGCAAGCUAGGUAAACUAUUACUAUCAGUGGAGAAAGAAUUAGCAAAAGCUAAAUCAACAUUAGGUCACAAAGAUAUUGACAUGGAAGUAUCUGAUUAUCAACCAGAUGUUGAUGUUGCUGAAGAUAUGUCUGUUGAUGCUGAUGAUACCAAAUCAAAUACUUUCUCACAAUACUUGCAACAUAUGUCUCAACUUGACACAACUCAAUCAUGGUCGCCAGCUUCCCAAGCUACUACUAUUGGCUCACAGAAUACUGAUUAUUCACAGAAUGGUGAUGAGUACAUUUUACCUUGGUCUCGUCUGUUAACUCCACCUGGUCAACAAGCAAUUGUCAUUGCCAGAAUGCAUUCUUGUGCAAGGAGAUUUGUUAUCUUAGAUUUUGGACGACCGGUUUUAUUGACAGACUUGGCUAUCCCAUCAUGCAAUGAACUGAUGUCAUUGACAUUAGAUUACUGGAUAACUAGUGAAGAUGGUGAAAGCAUCAGAUUAGUUAUGGCUUCUGAUAUCGGCACUAGGACACUUGUUAUGAAAGAUUUACAACCUGCACCUGUUUUACGUUUUUUGAAGCUGACAAUGAUUGGUCGGUAUGGCAUGACAGCAACCAGUGUCAAAUUAUCAGCUGGUAGAUAUUACGGUCACAGCACAGUUUUAGAAGCUGAUGCCUAUUGCGAAAGUCCAGCAGGCCUGUCCAGCACAUCAGUAGUAACUACUUCUGAAAGGGCGCGAACACAGUUGGCAUCUUUAAACUCCUUAUAUGAGGAUACAGCAUGCAGGUAUCGUUCAGCUUGUUGCAAUUUGAGAUCUAUUUUGAGGCCAUUGAUGGGCCUUGCUCCAUCUUUAGCUGAAAAAUGCGCUGACGGGGAAGAUGACAAAGUUAUGAUGGCUUAUCAGGAAUGCAUAUCACUCCAGCAACAGUUAAGUGUUCUUCAAUCUGUGACCUUACGUUUGCAAGAAGCGUGCAAUGAGCAAAGUACAGAGCAGCAGAUAAUUAAAACUGAAGAAUAUAUUUCACAUAACGCCAUAAGUUCUAGUGAAUUUGACUUGGCUGCUGCUAGUUCUGAUAAAUUAAGGGUUCUGUGCGAAAGUUUGGUGGUUGUUUACCUGCGCUUACUUCAAAAAGCUAGUCCCAAGAUGGCUUGUAAUUUGGCGCGAUUCAUAGACCAAGAGGCAUGCUCAGAGCUGUUCUCUACACUAGUUGUGCAUGGUGACUCUGCACAGAUAUCUUGUUGUGCCCUUCUAAGUACGGCAUGCAGUAAUAGAACUUGGUGGGGCACGUUUUUGGCUGAUUCGUUGAAAACAUUAUAUUCAUCUUCUUGUACACAAUUAUUCCCGAAAGAGCGGGUUUUUCUACUUUUAACCCACCUUGGGCGACGUGGUAACCCUCGAAGUCGUGUUUUGGAUGCAGCACUACUUGCUCUUCUUCAAUUGCUUGCUCCUAUUGCCCCCAUCAACCAAUCUGCAGCAGGUGCAAGAGCUGAUCAACAUCAGCAAGUUCAUGAAGAUGAGCUGAGUCCACUCAGUGCAAAAAUUGAUUUAUCUCUACUUUCUUGGUUUUUGCUGUAUUUAUCAGCUAGCUUGGAUGAUGGAAAAGAAGUUAAUAGUUCCCGAUGGGAAUUCAUGUCGGGUCAAACUUGUACACAACGAACUCGAUCAGAAUCUGAGCGCAAUCAAGAGAGGACUGGUGCUACCAGAGUGUAUCGCCGCAAAUUACAAAAACGUCUUAUGCAUCACAAAAUUCAACUUGACGAUUUAGAGUCUGCCAAAAAAGCAUUUCAAGCUUCAUCACAGGCUUUCUCAAAUUUAUCAUCACAAGCUUCAAACUUAUCUGCCAAAUUAGAUGCCGCACUAAAACAACAAGAAAACGUUCUCAAGAAAUCUUUGAAGCUACAUGCCCAAAAAUAUCCAUUCAAGACCCCAUCAUCGCAUCAGCAAUCAUCUACAGAUGCUGGAGAGACGUUUCAUAAUAACAAUAAUAACAAUAGUACACCUGGUGGAUCUUCAUCUGCACCGGCAGCACCAUCUGACAACAUAACAUCAUCCUCUGAUGUUUCAGCACCACCUCUCGAUAUGUCCCCUCCUGAUCCUCUGCAUUGCUUGGCGGUAUGCAGAGCAUUGCUUGCAUUAUUACUUAGAUUUGAUUCUACUUGUGGAGCAGACAUUUUCUUGUUGACUUGCAAGGUCUUGGCAAAACUGGUUACGAGUUGCAGACCAGCUAUAACAUUAGGACAAUUGGCUACUUCUCAUCAAUUGCAACUUUUGAUAAGACGUAGUGUCUGGACCGAUGGCAGGCGGCCGCAGUGGGCUGGACCUUGGGCACAGCAUGCAGCAACUUGUCUACUGCAAGACUUGGUAGAAACUGAAACCAAAAAGGAAUUAUCUGAAACAAUGUCUAGCCGAAAUGACAGUUCUGCAGAGUUUAGUGUCAGAUUUUCUGAUUCAAUACGAGCCUGCCAUACUGCACCUCUUUCGAAUCUUGAUAUAAUGUCAUUGGAUGAGCCAGAAGAUGAAGCAAAUGGACCUCUUGUCGGUAAGGGUCAGCUACCCUCUCUCAUAGAAUCUGACGAUUCUGAACUAGAGGAAUUUUUGGAUGAUGUCAUGGAUCGUGGAAGGAACUUGUUGCGACGUAGUGAGCAGUCGUCACGAAAUUACAUCAUACCUAGUUCGAGUGUAUCAAUCGCCUUGGAUGCACGACUCGAAGGUGGACUAGACUCAUCAAGCGAACUGAUGUUGCGAAGACUAAAAUUAUCAGCUUUGACAAAAUCAGUAACACCAUCCUCUCCAUCCUCACCAAGCACCAAUUCUAGUGAAAGCCCGGUUAGUAUAGGCACACCGAGUUCUCUUACGCCCGAAGAUCAUGUACAGUUAAUGAAUUGGAUUGCUUGGCCCGACAUAUAUUCAGAUCCGGUACCAAGUGCUCCAACUUUACUCUCGCCUUGCUUUGAUGCAUUAUUCACUGAUCUACACAUGCAGACCGGUGCUAAUUUGGAGGCAUUGUUACGUCUUUGGACAGCUAUUAAUGACCAAGCUCGUUGUAAAAUUUUGCUCAACCUGACUUCUCUUCAGAAGCUGGUUUCAGCCUUGGCAUGGUUGGAUGCUAUUCCGUUACGUGCAUGGUCCUUGGGUUUUCAAUGCUUGUCUGCUGGAGUCUUGUUAACAGAUGUUUUAGGGGGACAAUUAAUUCCAAAAGAAGCAGCAGCUAAUCUUCUUGAUGAAUCAGAUUUUAGAGCCAUGAUAGUUAGAUUUUUAUCUGGAGAUGGCGAUAGCACUUGUCAGGCCGGACCAACAGCUUGUCAGGCAAUGUACAAAUGCCUAUUACGAUUGAAAUCUCGGUGUGAAGAUGACUCACAUUUUCGAAAUGCAAUGUUGAGAGUUUUGUUGCGAUUGCUACGACCUGGGCAACCAGUGGCAUUACAACAGGGACCACAAGAUGCUCAGGCCAGAUUUGUACAUGGCUUGCUUCAUGCUGGUUACGAGAGAUGCGAUCUUGCUACUGCCAUGACUGUCAUAGAGAGUAUAGGUGCAUUGGUUGCUGCUCACACUGCGCGUUGUGAGCGUGUUCGGUGCCGCAGCAUAGCAGAUGGUUCAUUAUCAUCUUCCGCUUUUGCAUCUUCUGGGUUUACAAGUAGUAGUUGCUUUGGAAGCCUGUUUGCUUCUGUCUUGGAUACUGGCUCAUCUAGUAACACGUCUUCUCAACAGUCUGGAUCAAAGGUCAAAAAUGAUACAGCAAUUGCUAGUGCUCAUGGAACUGGCAAAAAUGCCAAUACUGAGGCAUUGCUGGUUGCCUUACUAAGACUUGCAAAUAGAUUAGUUUGUACUCCACUAACAUCUACAGUCAGUACAGAUGUCACAAUUUGA